UAUGACGUUAAUCAACUUGAUUCUGGUAUUGAUCGAUUUUAUUUGCGAAAUUAUUUAUACAAACACUUGUCGCUUCUCGGCUCAAACAUGCAUCGUUAUUGAGUCAACGCGCUAGUAUAUCAAACGUUAAAUAAUAAAACAACCAGUUUUAUUUUGUUGUGUGAUAAACGUCGUACAAGUUCUCCAUUAUUUUUUUAGACUUAAGUUGUGCAGUAGUGCGCCAGUGUUUUAAAAAAAUAUCAAUUCGAAAUUUGAAAAUAUGGAUAAAAUAGUUUUUGUAGCUUUUGCCACGUUUAGCUGCAUUUUAUUUGCAUCAGCUAUUGAAAUUGAUACUUAUGAUUUUCUGAUGCCCAACGUUUGGCCACACAAGGAUGAACUGUAUCUUUGCACGCCCAUCAGGAUCUCGCCACACAGCAACUAUUACCUAGUGGGAUUUGAACCGAAUGCGACGAUGCACACUGCUCAUCACAUGCUGCUGUAUGGAUGCUCAGAGCCAGGAUCUAAUGAGUCUGUUUGGAACUGCGGUGAGAUGCAGACAAACGAUAUCGAUGCGUUGUACAAUACUGCUAGUCCAUGCCGCUCCGGAUCUCAAGUUGUUUACGCGUGGGCUCGUGAUGCACCAAGCCUGCACCUGCCAAAGGACGUCGGUUUCCUCAUCGGCAAAGAUUCGCCCAUCAAGUACUUAGUACUCCAAGUCCAUUACAUGCACCGUUUCCCAGAGGACAAAACCGACAACUCUGGAGUUUUCCUGAAAUACACAAAGCAAAGCAUGCCCCGUCAAGCCGGCGUGUUCUUACUGGGCACAGGCGGCGUGAUCCCACCGCGCAAGGUAGAACGCAUGGAGACUGCCUGCACCAUCACUGAAAGCAAGGUCAUACAUCCCUUCGCGUUCCGUACUCACACACAUUCUCUUGGCGUACAAGUAACUGGCUACGUGGUCCGACAGGAUGAGGUUGGAGAUGUAUGGACGUUACUUGGUCGUAAGGACCCGCAGCUACCACAGAUGUUCUAUCCCGUUGCUAGUACGCGGCCCAUCGAACGGGAUGAUGUACUGGCCGCUAGGUGCAUCAUGAACAAUACACAUGAUUACGCUGUGAAGAUUGGAGCCACAAACAAAGAUGAGAUGUGCAACUUAUACCUCAUGUACUGGGUAGAAAACGACAGUCCACUGAAACAAAAGUACUGCUUUUCUGCCGGUCCUCCCCACUACUACUGGAACCGUGCUCGUGAAAAUCUCGUCAACAUACCAGCUAUCGAAAUCUAAAUAUCAUCGAGAACUUUCCACAAAAAUGAGAUAAAAGGUGAGAUUGACAAAUGGUAAUGGAUAAUGAGAUUAGAAUUUCAGUCUUAUUGUGAACCUUAUUUCGUAUGUAUUAAGGUGUUUUUUGUUCUGUUUGUGAUGAUCUUUUCUAGACGCACAUUGUAGUGACGAUUUGAAUUAUUAAUAAUUGUCGUUAUAUGAAAAUACAUUUUAGAUGAUUUAAAGUUUAAUUGGACACACUGGUGUAAAGUGUGAGUUAUGAUAAUGAAGUAUAACAUAACGAAAUUUAUGAAAUAACUAAAACUUCUGAGCAGCUAUUUAAAUUAAUGUUAAAAAGUAAAAAAUAAUAAUAAUUUUCUUAUUUUAUGUUACAACACUACUAUUAGUGUUGAGCCCUUUCCAGUAUAAUAUAAUUUAUUUUUACCCAACUGCUUUCAAAAGAAAGGUUAUGUUUUUAAUACGAGUCUCAAUGUUUUGACAAAACAAGAACAUCAUUAAUGUAAACAAUGAUAAACACUAUUUAAAAUUAUAGAUCUGAACGAAAACUAAACAUUCCAUUUUAAAGACUUAUUUUUAAUUAUAAUUUUAAGUUAUUUUAGGCAUUUUAAUUGAGUUUUUACAAAUGAUCUUUGUGAAACGAUCUGAAAUAUUCCGAAAUUUAUCUGAUUACGACUGGAAGGGGUAGAAAAAAGUAACAAGAAAUUGUUUUUUUUUGUCAUAAUUAGAUAGCAUAAUAAUAUAUCAAUUAUAUUCUUAUCAAUUUUAAAGAUCUGA